UCACAGCCAACAUAUUUCUUGAUCGUUGUUGUGCUGCUCACCGAAUCACUCCCUUUUUAUUCCCCAAAAUCUCACGCAUUUUAGUACCCACAAUAAUCAAUAUCUAAACUAGGGUUUCUCCAUCUUUUCGAACUCCUUGAAUUUAGUUGGAAAAUCUCUUCGAAAUCAUGGGGAACACGUCGUCAAUGCUUACUCAAUACGAUAUCGAAGAAGUCCAAGAACAUUGCAACAACACCUUUUCGCAACAAGAGAUAGUCUCCUUGUACCAAAGGUUUUGUCAGUUGGAUCGUAAUAGUGGUGGGUUCAUCUCAGCUGACGAAUUCCUUUCGGUGCCGGAAUUCGCCGUCAAUCCCCUCUCUCAGCGAUUAUUCAGGAUGGUUGAUGGGUUGAACUUUAAGGAGUUUGUGGCAUUUUUAUCUGCAUUUAGUUCACGUGCCACCUUACAACAUAAAGUGGAAUUCAUAUUUAAGGUUUAUGAUUCUGAUGGCAAUGGGAAGGUUGCAUUCUCUGAUUUGUUGGACGUUUUACGGGACUUGACAGGGCAAUUCAUUUCUGAACAACAAAGGGAGCUUGUUCUGACACAUGUUCUCGAGGAAGCCGGUUACAAGAAAGAUUCUUUAUUAGUUCCGUCCGACUUCAUGAAGUUGCAGAUUCUUGGCAACACUGAGUUGAAGAUGGAGGUUGAGGUUCCGGUGGACUAGUCUGUGAUGUAGAGAAGGUGAUGCUCUUCUAUAAAUCGGGCCUUUAGCUACUUGUAUUAUGUUUAGUGUAAACAUGCAAUGUUUUAGUUGCCCUUUGUUUGAAUCUGAAUUCAAUCUUAUUUGUGUCCUCCUUACCAUCUGUAUUCCACACUUUAGCAUUUUAUGAAUCGCCUUAAACUUGCAAGUGUUGCCAGA